AUGUCAUCGGAUCUUGUUCAUCGUUUACGAACAUGGUCAUCAAAACAAAUAUUUAUAGUUUUUGCUGCUUUUCUUGUUUAUGUUCUUGCUGAUGGUACAACAUUCUCAUUUGGGCUUUAUGUUGAUGAGCUUAUCGAUGAAUAUUCUAAAUCACAAAAAAACACUUUUUUAAUUAUAAGUAUUUUAGCUGCACUUACACAAUCAAUACCUCUUCUGUUAAGUCCACUUGUAUGUUGGUGGACAACAAAGUUUGGUGCUAGUUUGACAUUAUUCAUUGGUUGUUUUGUUUCAGCUAGUGGAUAUAUUCUUCCAUUUGUUUUACAUUAUUAUAAAACAUAUUGGAUACCGGCUAUUGGUUAUGGAUGUUUAUUAAGUGUCGGACUUACAUUUUGUUAUGUUCCAGCUUAUUUAACUUUACCAUUUUAUUUUGAAGAUGAUCGAGGUUUGGCUACUGGAUUAGCUGUAUCAGGAAGUGGAGUUGGUCAAGUAGCAUUAGCAAUUAUUGUUAAAGCAUGUUUUAUUGAAUAUGAAUGGCGUGGUGCAUCACUGAUUACAGAGGUUAGUGGACAAAAGUUUCCGUUACAACCAAUCACGGUUACUAUUCAUCUUCUAAAAUGUUUACUUCCUUUUCUAGGUGGUCUCUUUCUCUUAAUGCUCAUAUCAGUAGUUGCAUUUCGCCAACCUGCUUCUAAUUCUUCUCCUACUUCAACGAUUUCUCCUACGGCAAUAGAACAUAUUGAAUGUUCAACUAUUUCUCCUAUAACUGUCACAGUCCAUGAAGAACGUUCACGAGAAGAAGAUACACCAGCUGAACAAUCACAUGCUCGUCGUUCUCGUGGUAUGACUAUUGCUCAAGUUCUACCACUUUUUAUUUCUUCUGUUCCCGUUCGUACUGGUGUCACUAUACCUUCUAUUGAACCAUCUACUGUUCGCCGAUAUUCACUUAAUAUGCGACCACGUUUUCCUACUAUUAGUACAGAACCUCCUUCAGUUAAUGUUACUACCAUGAAAACUUUGAAAAGAAAUCGUGCCAAUACCAUCGCUGUUCCACUUCAAACAUCGAGAAAACUUGCCGAAUCUUUUGAACGAAUUCGUCAACCUCUUUAUCUACUACCACUUGCACCGAUCGCUUCGGCAGACGAAGAUAGUGAUGAAGAGAAGAAAUCCUCAUCUUCAUCAUCAUUACCAUCACCACCAAUACCAACCAAACAAACAAAUAAAAUAGAAAAAACUCAUAAAGAAAAACAUUGGUUACUCAAUAGUCGUUUUCUUCUCUUUUGUUUCUCAAAUUUUACUUUAUGUCUUGUUAUGGGUGUACCAUAUGUUAUUAUUCCAAGAUAUAUUUCUGAAACUUUUGGUAAUUCAGGUUAUUUAGCAUCAUGGACUUUAUCUAAUGUAGGUAUUGCAUCAGCGCUUGGACAAAUUUUACUUGGUUAUUUACAUGAUCGAAAAAUUUUUUCUGCUUGGCUUAUGUAUACAUUAGCAGUUAUUAUAUCUGGUGCAUCAUUAAUUAUUCUUGCUUUAUUUCGUUAUAUAUUAGUUGUUCUUAUUUGUGCAUUUAUGUAUGGUUUAGCAAUUAGUGCUAAUUAUGCAUUACAAUUACUUAUUGUUAUUGAUGCUUUAUCAAUCGAUAAUAUGGCAAAUGCUUUUGGUAUAUUACAAUUUUGUCAAGGUGUCAGUACACUUAUAGGUAUUCCAAUUCAAGGUUUAUUACGUGAUCAUAGUGAUACAUAUAAGCUUUCUUUUCUUACAUCAGGUCUUAUUAUAAUUCUUUCGGGUAUGAUCAUGUUGCUUUGGCCGUGUUUUGCAUCAACGAAUAAGAAAAAGAUAAAUAAUGUUGACAACGACCAAUGA